AUGAAGCAAUUUGUUCAACUCACUCUUUUGGCAUCAACUCUCGGGCUUCUUCCAACAUCUCUAGCCUGCACCAACGAGGAAGACUGCGGUUUGAACGGCAUAUGUUCACACAAUACCUGUAUCUGUGACCCUGGCUGGACAGGCAACGACUGCGGACGACUCGACCUCCGUCCAGGCCCGCGGGCAAAUGGCUACAACCUCACGGAAGAGGGGACAUCAUCAUGGUGCAACCAAAUCCUUCAAGACCGACUAAACAAAGACCUCUACCAUCUAAUCGUUUCCGAGUUCACUCAUGGCUGCGGCCUGGAUUACUGGUCCCCCUUCAGCCGUAUCAUCCGAGCUGAAUCUACAACGGGACCCCUCGGGCCAUACACCUUCAAGCAAGAUAUCGCACCCUCCUUCGCGCAUAACCCAACCGUCAUCUGGAGCGAAACGGACCAGAAAUAUCUGAUGUAUAAUAUAGGAUGUCCACAAAAUGUCCCGUCUACCUGCCAGAAUGUAAACUUCACCUGCGGACCGGGCAACACCCUCAACGGCGAGAGCGGAAUCAGCCUCUGGUCCUCUCCAGAUUUAUACAACUGGACCUCCCACGGCCAGAUUAUGCCAGGCACGAACAACAACGCCUGGGACGCUGAUAUAACCAACCCAGCACCGCUUCAUCUCAGCUCCCACCAUAAGACCAGAAACUCACAUCCCCAAACAAUCCUCGCCUACCGCGGCUGCCCCUACAACUGCAGCGGCGCCGAACAAAUAAACCUCGCCAUCGCAUCAGUCUCCACAGGCCCCUACACACGUCUCCACCCUGACUCCCCCAUAUUCCCCUUUCCCAGCGAAGACCCCUUCAUCUGGGAAGAUAAACGGGGGAACUACCACAUGCUGGUCCACUCUCUCCUGGCUGAUGCGGGAUUCGGGGAUGGGCCGAAUGUAGGGCGUCAUGCGUUUGCGAGAUCGUGGGCGGGACCGUGGACGUUUAAUAAUGCAAGUGUGGCGUUUACGACGAGGGUUGUGUUUGAGGAUGGGUUCGUUGUGGAUUAUUUUAGGAGGGAGAGGCCGAGUUUGUUUUUUAGUGGGGAUGGAGAGAUGAGGCCGGUGUUGCUUUCGACGGGGGUGCAGGAGGUCGGGGGGAUGGGGAGUUAUUCGCUUAUACAGCCCAUUGGGGAUGGGAAAGGGAUUUGA